AUGUUGCAGGCCAAAGAUAGAUCAGGGAAGGUCAAGGAAGGACAGGCAGGGAGAAAAACCUGGAGCUGGGACGUCUUCCAAUCUUCUCCAGAUUUUAAGGUCCACAGCCAGCAGUACGAGAACAUGCUGCCCUCCGAGUGCCACCAGCUUCACCAGGAUGUCCUGAAAUCCAGAGUAUUAAAACGUUACUGUUUCUAUGUGCUGGGCGUCCUUCUGGCCCCGAUCCGCGUGGCUCUGGCCUUCGUGGUCCUUUUCCUCAUCUGGCCCUUUGCUCUCCUCCAAGUGGUGGGACUGCCGGAAGAGACGCUGCACGAGCCGUUCACGGGAUGGAGGAACACAGUUUCGCACAGUUCGGUCUACCUGCUGAGUCGCUUGAUGUUCUUCCUGCUCGGCUUCAUGCACAUUCGGGUACGAGGACAGAGGGCAUCCCGGCUAGAGGCCCCGAUCCUGGUGGCAGCUCCUCACUCAACCUUCUUUGACCCUAUUAUCUUGCUGCCCUGUGACCUUCCCAAGGUGGUGUCUCGAACUGAGAACCUCCACGUGCCCGUCAUUGGAGCCCUGCUGAGGUUCAACCAAGCCAUCUUGGUCUCCCGCCAUGACCCAGCCUCUCGCAAGAAGGUGGUGGAAGAAGUGAAGAAACGAGCAACGUCCCAGGGGAAAUGGCCACAGGUGCUUUUUUUCCCAGAGGGAACUUGCUCAAAUAAAAAAGCCUUAUUGAAAUUCAAACCAGGUGCCUUCAUAUCGGGUGUCCCCGUCCAGCCAGUUCUAAUUCGGUAUCCUAACUCUCUGGAUUCAACGACCUGGGCGUGGAGAGGACCCGGCGUGUUAAAAGUCAUCUGGUUAACAGCGUCUCAGCCCUGCACUACUGUGGAAGUAGAGUUCCUCCCGGUGUAUCAGCCCAGCGCCGAAGAGGCCGUGAACCCCGCCCUCUAUGCUAACAACGUCCAGAAAGUGAUGGCCAAGGCCCUGGGGAUUCCGGCCACCGAUUGUGAGUUUCUGGGCAACCUGCCAGUGACCGUCGUGGGACGCCUGAGGGUGGCCCUGGAGCCGCGCAUCUGGGAAUUGGGCAAACUGCUCCGAAAGGCCAGAUGCCUCACAGGGGGAGCCAGAUGGCAGCUGGACCCCCUGCCCGCUGGUGGAUCAGGGAAGCUUGGGCCCACGGAAGUGGCUCGGUGGCUGGGACUGGCCUGCCCGGAGGCUGCCGAAGGGCUCUGCGCUUAUUUUCAGCAGGAUGAUGAUGGCAACAUGGACACCCGGGAAGUGAUCUUGGCACUGGAAGCACUAGAGGGGGAACAUCGUCCUUGGGAAUUGACCCGUCAUGCCUUUGAGCUGUUCUCAGAGACGCAUGCUGGGAGAGGGGACCACCGGCUGCAGCAGGACGGGUUCUGCGCCAUUUUGCGUCUCCUGCUGGGCACGCCAGCCGCCGAUGGGGCUGAACUCUACAGCCAACUCUGUACUGGGACCCACAGCCAGGAUGGGCUGACUCUGGAGGACUUCCAAGAUUUCUCUCUCCGCCACCCUGACUACGCCCGCCUUUUCAGCACGUACCUGCGCCCCCCGGCCGCCUGUUCCUUGCCUAAGUCCGGCCUCCCGCCCGCCUGUGCUAACGGUGCCCCUGCCGCCGCCCCUCUCAAGAGCAAAGCAGACUGAAACUCUGGACUCUCUUUAGCCAUAUGUAUACAGUGAACAAGAACAAGAACAAAAAAAGAGAACCCACAGAAACAAAUACACAGCCAUGCGACACCCUAGGACACGCAAGCCCCCUCCCCAACUCCUGCUCGCUUGCUCACAUCCCCUUGCUGCCGCUGUGGCUUGGCAGAGGGGAGCAGAGACACCCCCAUCUCAGGGCAACUCUAACCGGGGAAAUCACAGCCGCAAGUCUUUUUGAAGGGUGGGGAUUGGGGCUUCUCCGUUUAUUUUAAGUUUUUUUUUUAAUUUUUGUUAUGGUUUCCUGAUCUCAUUUAUUUUGUGUUGUUUGGUUUUUUUGUCGAGGGACGGAAGGACAAGCUACGGUGGCUUUUUAUU